GGCGGCCCCGCUGCCGGGCGCGGAGGGCGGGCCGGCGGCCUCCGGCUCUCGUCUGCCUUCUCCUCCCUCGGUCCGGCCCCGGUGCGCGGAGCUGUGCGGCGGCCCCUGCCCGCGGGGCUGCCCCAGGAGCAGGCUGAAGAACAAUGGCUUCCUUCAGCAACCUGACUAUUGGUAUUGCUCUUGCCAGUUUUACCACGUUUCAGCUCCUGUUCCACGUUUUAAGUUCUUGGCUAUCAACAUGGAUAACACCUGGUUUUAACAAUCUCAGCCAAAAAAGGAAGAUCGAAUGGAAUUCAAGGACAGUGUCCACAUUCCAUGCCUUGGUGGUUGGUGGGUUUUGUCUGUAUAUUUUGUUGUACGAUGACGCUGUUAACGCUGACCAUCUCUGGGGUGACCCUUCAAUUGUGCAACUGAAUAUUGCUAUUACCACAGGCUACCUCAUUUCUGAUUUGUUGCUUAUUAUUUACUACUGGAAGGCGAUUGGUGACAAAUUUUUUGUAAUACAUCACUUGGCGGCUCUGUAUGCUUACUAUUUUGUACUGAGCAAAGGUCUGUUGGCCUAUUUUGGAAACUUCCGUCUGCUUGCAGAAUUCUCCACUCCUUUUGUCAAUCAGCGGUGGUUUUUUGAAGUACUGGGAUAUCCCAAAUCUUCAAAGGCCAACAUCAUCAAUGGUGUGCUGAUGACAGUUGUAUUCUUCGUGGUGAGGAUUGCCGUCAUACCUAUGUAUUACAGCCGGGUAAUUUCUUCGUUUGGAACUGAGGGUUUCCAGAGAUUAGGGUUUGCAGCCCAGAGCGCCUGGAUUAUCUCAAGUGUUGUCUUGGAUAUUAUGAACUUGAUGUGGAUGGUCAAAAUUACAAAAGGAUGCUACAAAGUUAUUUGUCUUGUUGGACAGGAGGAAGCUAAAACUCACAAAAAUGGAAAAUCUGACUAGAGAUCUUAUGCAUAAAAUGAAAUUUCUGCUAUGAAAAUAAUCUGGGUUCACUGAACCAGUGCACAUUUCUGCCAUGAAAAGCUCCUGUUAAGGAAACAAGGUAUUACCUCUGUACUGAUCUUAUCUUUCCCUAGCCACACUGCCUGUGCACCCAAGGCCACGCUUUAAGGAUCUUAUCCAGUGAGGAACAGAAGCAAAAGUUCACAGAAAUGAAUGCUACAUGUGUGUUCUGAGCACUUAACAAACUACUGACAUGAGGAAGGAGCAGACUGGUUACUUGGUUGUUGUCCACCAGUGUGUUUGAAGUGUUUCACUCAGGUUUCUCAGAUUAAUGUUUUAUAAAACUAGUGAAUAGUGACGUCUCUCUUUUUUUAAAAAACAGAAACGAAACGCCCCAAACUCUGAUAUGGUGCAAUUUUCCUGGCAUGUUUCUAUGUUUUCUUCUAAGCAUAACAAUCAAGAUUUCAUUCUUGAAAACUUUUUAAUUUUUGCAAGGAAAACAAAAUCUAGCUUUGAUUCUGUGAAGUCUUUUACUGCUUUUUGUUCUGCCUUGUAUGAAUGCAAACCAUUUUGGGAAAUUUAUGAAAUAAUUUUAUGUAAAAUGCUGUAUUAUAAGACUAUACAAGAUACCUUAACAAUGGUUAAAAUUCUCUGAUUUUUUUAUGGAAAGGAUUCACUUUUGCUGUUUUAGACCACAUCUACUAAAUCAGUCAUGGAAAUUAUUUCGUAAGUUAAUAUAGGAAAUGUUGUUUGGAAACAGCAUAAUUCUUACUGGAGUGCUUUUUCCUUUGCUGCUGCUGCCUUUGAGAAACACUGCAACUCUGCUGAGAGUAUUUUUAACCAUUGACUUUUGGGAUGUGAAGUUUAAUUGUAAAGAGAUAAAAUUCUUCUGUAUAUGUGCCAUGUAAUGUACAGUAUGACUUAUAUCACAGAAGUGACCCAUCUGAUGUGAUUGCUGAAUUUUUUUGUCACGCUUUCCUUGCUAAUCACAUCUGAGUUGUUGACUAAAAAAUAUUCUUGAAUUAACUGUGCCAAACUUCUUUAAAGCUGUAACAUAAUUCUGUACAAUGAUAGUUCACAUCUGUAGGCACGUUUUUCAGAACUGUGUAUUUGUCAUAGGUACUCACUCUGUUCUCCUGCAAGCCUAAAGGCUUGGAGGACAUCGGAGAAAAAUCUUACCAUCUAGGAAUGCUCCAGAAUCUAAAUUAUAAUAUUAGCGGAUUUUUUAAAAAUGAUUUAGAACUGUAUUUAUGUAUAGUUUUGGUUUUGUUUUGCUUAUUUGAAUCAUAUCUGAACUGUGACUGAUUAACUUAGAUUUGUUUCCUUUUUUUUAAAUUUUUAUUACUACUUUUGAACAUCAGUUUAUUUGUUAUAUCAUCUGGUAAGGUGUGCCAGAAGUAUGCAUUUUCACUCAGUACUUUAGUGCACAUACCAACUAUUGUAGCAGACCGUGUAAGCAAUUUAUGUUUAAACAAAGAUAGAAGCUAUUUACCCUGCAUAGGAUAUUUUGUUUUCUUUUGCUCCUGUUCCCUUCAACAAAGUUGUGUGAAAUAGUUAGCUCUUACCUCUGCAGACCAAGGUGUUAGUGCACCAAUGCUAUGAUGCUUUUGGGUGAGAAGCAGAGUUGUGGUACCCGCCCCCCCAGGAAUCUGUGGGAUGUCGUGCCUUAUAACCAAGGCAGCUGCGCUGAGUUUAGUUCCCAGUGACAAUGAUGUCAGGGAGUAUUGUCUGGGGUAGCAUAAUACUUGCUUUUUUCUGCCUGUUUUUAUUUUUUCCCCCCACUGGGCAUUUUCCCAUACUGUUUCCAAUACUGUUGUCUUGAGGGAGAUGUCAAGGAUUGCCAAUAACUCUAUUUUGGGGGUUCUGUUUUUAAUAAUACUUCACAAACCUGUCAACAAAAAUCUGCUUAUGCCUUGGGAAAGCUAGCAAUUAAUUUAUUUAGCUGCCUUUUUUUUUUUUUUUUUUAAUGAAUGAAUGCAAAACCUUAUCUGGGUACCAAUAAAUUCGUAGUCUUUAUGAAUUGAUUCUGUGACCCAUUUCGCUGAAAGAAGCAGACUCCCUUUAUGUUCAUUUGCAGAACAUGGUAUCUUUUAAAAUAGUGGUUUUGGUGUAUCUAAUGCAAAACCUAGGAUACGUACUAACAUUCUGUUUGUAUUACCUUUAUGAUUUAAAGGCAUAAAUGGAAUACCUUUUUCAUGUGCUGUUAGAGUCACUAGAUCAGGGCAUUGUUUUUAAUAGUUUGUUCCUUUCUAAAAUAAAUUUCAAAUUAACAAAAUUCAAACAUCUUGGAGAAUAUGUUUGAAGGUAGAAGCAUCCUUUUUUUAUUCUGGAGGUAGGAUGAAAAAUAUUGAUAAGGAAGAUGAGCCGAAGCAGCUCUUACGAUGAUAAUUCAUGAAAACUUUUCAAAUUCAUCUUUUCUUUGCAUUCAUCUUUUAUAUUUCAGUAUCUUAUUUUUUGUUUGUUUUCAGUGUAGAACAUUCAUUAAAAUGGUCAGUUUUCUUCACUUCUAGUUAGAUUUGUGUAUCAUAGGAAAAAGUCAAGCUAUAAGAAGAUUGUGCUAAAACUAGACUGGGAAACAAACAACAACAACGAAAAAACCAACUGCCCUGCAUAAUGCACAUUGGGCAACAAUCCAGAAUGGAAGGGUAGUGGGAUAAUUAUCUUAGAACAUGCAAUGUUUUGGAAUGCUGCACACAAUUAGCGUAAUUAAAACAAUAUUUUGCAGUACAUUUAGUUUAGAUUUUCUAUUUUGAUAUUUUAAUGAAUUACCGUUACGUUCUGAUGCAUCUACUGUGUGUCAGAAGGCACCUUUCUAAUGGAAAACAAUAUUAAAUAUUAUUGUUUUUGUUGUGGGGAUUGUAGUAAACAGUUUUGCAAAAUUGUGCUGUAAUGAAUACAUUAGCAUAGGGCGCUGCUGCCUGCUAUUAAAAGCUUAUAAUACAGCAAAUUAGAUAGCCUUGGCACCCAUUUUUCAAUUGCACUUUCUUAGUUAAAAACUGUUAAAAUAUUGACAACAUUUAAUGUUGCAAACUUGUCUCUUUGCUUUUUUAUGCAAAAAAGUAAGUGCAUGAUUAGUAGCAUUGUAAUAAACACUAUCUUUAGAAUGUGAUAUUACUUUAUUAGUGGCUUAAAACUUCUAUUUUAACAUUUAUGUUGCAAAGCAGACCCUUAGUAUGUCACCAGGGGUCUUUGCCAUGGACAUAUUGAAGGAAUUAAUCUUGUAAAAUAUUCAAAAAUCAUGUUUUUCUUUUUUUUUUUUAAUCUUCUUCAGUACCAGGUGACAUUAAAUGAGCACGGUGACCAUGGGAGAGUCUGUUUGUACCAGUAAGGCUACGUGUAGGAAUAUGUUCCCCCUUUUUAUGGCUUUACUUUUCAUCAAAAGAUGAAUAAAUACCAUUUUCAGAACUACUAUGGGGGAAUGAUAGGUCAGGUUUUGCUUUUAUAAUUGAUUUGUGGAAGCAGAACUUGCAGAGAGGAAAUGUAGUACGAAUACUCAUCUUCGUGGUGAGUGUUCCAGUGGAUGUCAAUGAAGUUGAGAGCCUUACACUACAGGGAUGCUUAAUGGGUAUCUGUACGCAUACUUCAGUGAUGCGAAUUCCAUCUCUGAAGCCUACUCUACCUCUAUAAAUACAUGCUAUUUUGGGUGAGCUCAAUGCUUUCAUAACCUAAUUGCUUAAAAAGAGAAUCUAUUGAAUAAUGAAAAAUAUUCUAUGAGCAGGAAAAAUGAGAGGAGCUGACUUUAUAUAAAUUCUUAACAAUUCCAAAUUUUGUAUUAAAGUUUAUUAAAAAUCAAAUUAAUUAGUGUCUGCAAGAGAAUUACUUCCGUCUUUACAUUAAAAAUUAUGACAGAGGAUUAGUCAUACUGUAAAAUUAAUGUGAACCUAUAAGUGAAAGCUCACACAAGUGAGCAAAUAUGUUCAAGCAAGUUUAGAGAGGAGAGGCAGAGGAGACUGAGAAUGCACAGUGCAGGAAUCCAGAUGUCUUCCUGCUGCUGUUGCUGGGACAAUGGUAGAACGAUAAGUAGCAGAAAGGGUUAGGUGUUUCUAUAUCUCUAUACACAGAGCAAAAUGAAACUUUAAAAUUUAUUUUUGAGCUGUAUAAAAUAGCUUAUAAAUUGUUGACUGCUGUAUGAAGAGGACUUCAUGGACUCGUGUGUGUAUAUGUACAUACAAGCUUUCUGUGAAAGAUCAUUUAAUAGAGAAGUUUGUUAAAUUGUUUUGUAAUGCUUCUGCUGAGCCAUUCAGAGGAAAAUAAAGGGCUGCUUGAAAAUUACUCCAGCUUAGGACCUGUUGCAGUGUUCACUGCUGGGGAAAGCCAUCGAUAAAGCAUGUAGUGAGGGACUAGGAUUGUCAGAUGAUGAAUGCAAAUGUAGAAGACUUCAACAAGUGUGUGCAGCCCUCUUUCAUAUUUUUAAUAGCCUCCUGUACAAUUUCACUAACUGGUUACAAGGAACUUCACAAGGCAGAGUUUCUGUAGAGUGUCUCUAUAUACGGAAUGUAUCUGACAGCUGGAGAAAAAACAGUACUUCAUUGCUGAGAUCUGGCACCAGUCAAAUGGAAGUAAUGAUCAAUAUUUACAAACUUUAACAUUCAUCCAAACCCGGGUGAAAUCUCUGUUGGACAGGUGAAGGUCAUACGAUUUUCUGAAAGCAACUUGAUGAAAGGUCUUUUUAUGGGAGAGAAAAAGAAAGAUGUGCUGCUUGGGAUGCUGGGAUUAAGCAUCAAAUCGUACCUUUAGAUCAUAACACUUGAUAAGUUUUCUUAUCCAUUACAAAUCUCUACUAGCUACCUCGUCUGGCAUUCUUACUCUAUUUAUAAUAACCAAGCACUUUAUAGCUCAGUAAAGAGUGGAAGGUAGCUAUAAAGAAUAACUUGUAGUGUUUUGGUAUAAGAAAUACUUUGUCAAAAUUAGUUCUGAGAUCAGUUUCAUCAUGUAGUGUCCUGCACUGAGAGGGCAUCUGAUGAUAACAAUGUACGUAAAUUUUUAAUCUAGUUGUAAUGUAAAGGAAAUGUCUUUAAGGGAGUGAUUUACGAAGAGUUCAGCAUGCCUUGGUGUCAGCCAUAUAAUGAUUCAGUGUGCUGUUUAUAACUCCUUAGUCAUUGAAAAUAUAAAAGCAAAUAAAGUAUUCUGUAGUGUAUCUUUAUUUUUAAUCUAUGCGUGGGAUGUCAAAAAUUGUCUUGUGGACGGGACAUGCUUUUAUGAGCCUAUAAAUAUUUAAGUAUAUGAGGAUCUGCACCCAAGUGGAACAUGUUGCAUGUAAAUUGUCUUCUAAGUUCUUAAAUUUUGCUAUUUAAAAAUUUUUGCUAGGUUGAAAGCAACAUAUUAAUAUUAAGCUCUAAUACAGAGCAUAACAUUUUGAAUGCAAUGCAAAAUGUAUUGGUUUUGUUUAUUAUAACACUAUACCAGAUUCACAAGAGAAAUCCAUCAUAUGGUAGGGGGAAGGAGGACAAGGGCUAAUCAUGAGCUCUGGUAUAUAUUUUAUACACUUAAUAUGCAUACAUCCAAAUAUUCUGGGUUGGUUUCUAGCAUGCUUGUACCAAACAGUGUUUUCUUUAAUAUAUAUGGAUACCUAUAUAUGGAGAAUAAUUUAACAUGUAAGCACAGUUAAACUGAUACAAAAACAAAUUACAAUCUGUUGGGAACAAAUAAGUUAUCAUUUAAGCAUGAGUAAUGGAGUCUGUACUUCAAAAAUGUUUAUAUAAUCUUGUGUCUAAAAAGAAAUUUGAUAAAUAUGGUAUGGCUAAUUUAUACACAGAGCAAGGAUGAAGAGUGAAAAUUCUGCUGGACUCAUUUCUGGAAAGUCAUGACAAUCUGGUUUGCAGUAAAGACUAAUACUGUCACAAAAUAUUAGGAUCACAUUAUUAAAUUAAAAUAGUAAUGUGGCCUGAUUGUAGUAGCAAUCCUUAUCGCUGCACAAAAACUUUAAAAAUGCAAUAUAAUAAUUCUGAAGGUUGACUAUAAAUGUAAUCAGUUGUAGUAAAGUGGAUGAUUAAAUAUUAUGGGUUUAAAUUUACUUUUUACUGUAAAAGUUCUGAAUUUUUGUUUGCAUUUCAGUGAUAUUGUAGAGCACGUCUUUUUUUUGUUUGAACAAUUUAGGAGCUCGCAUGAAGUUAAAUCAGCUGUUUUUUUUUCCUUUGAUAUAUGCAAUAAUGUCAAUGAGCAAUAAAUUGCAUGUUGUAUGCAAGGUAUUGGUACUUUGUAAUAAAUGAAAGAAACAGUUU